UAAUUAUUAAGCGAGAAGGUUGGAACGUUUCUUCUCGCUUCAACCUCUGUUUCUCCGUCAUUGUAUCAUCUCUCUUACUGAUUUUUCCAAACCCUAAUUUUACAUCUGUAUGAAUCACAAGGAGAAGAUGACGGCUGGAAGUAACCCUAAGGGCUCCUCCCACAAGUCAUCUUCUUCGUCGUCUCAGCGUAAAAGCAGGUGGGAAUCCGGAAACAAUCCUGAUCCCGAUCGUAAUACGGGCUCAGCCAGUGAUUCAAAGCCCGCAGAAACUUUAUCGAACUCUAAAUACGAUGCAGCAGCUCCUGGCCCAUCGAUGCUCCCUCUCGAUUCAAUCCCUUCUUCAGACCCUGGUUCUUUCCAUCCAGGCGGAGCUGGACCUCCGUUUCCUUUUCCGGACUUGGCUGGCAUUGGUCCCCCUCCUCCGCCGGCUUAUGGCUUUCACAUGCUUGAGCGUCGUACCGUCGUUUUGGCCGAUGAUAGCGUUCGGUCUUACUUUGCUCUUCCACCGGGUUAUCAAGACUUUCCGUCGGUCAACAGGUUCUUACCUUUGGGACCCGGUGGUCUAGGGUUGGGGUUUGAUAAACAUUUCCAUCAUGGUGGGCUGAGUCCCAAGGGAGGAUUCCGUGGUGAUGGCAAUGAGCCAUUUGGUCGUGGUGGUGGACAGUUUGAUUACUGGAAUUCAUUAGGGCUUGAUGGGCGUGUGCCACCUGAAGGCUCACUCAAGAGGAAGUAUGGAGAUGAGUAUGAAAAGGAUGGCAGAGAAAGCGACGAAUUGGCUAGGCAGCGACCGCAGCUCUCGGGGUUUGGGAACCCCAAUUCGAAUCCCGCUGGCGACCGAGCUGAUUACUUGUCUGGUAAAGGUAGCCCAUUUAGAAGGGAUGCACUGGACUCCAACAGGGGAGUGGAUGAUUUGAGUUUGAGGUCUUCGAAGCACAUGCGGGUUGGAGGGGAUUACAAUGAUAUACCUUCCAGGGAUGGCGUUGAUAAUGUGGGUCUGGGUCCCAAGUAUCCCGAUGUGGACCCACAUGCUCUAAAGAAGGCCUUUCUUCAUUACGCAAAGUUAAUCAAUGAGAAUGCAUCUCAAAGGAAGAAUUAUGUGGAGGAUGGGAAGCAUGGGCCUCUGCAGUGCCUUGCCUGUGGCAGGGCAUCUAAAGAUUUUCCAGAUAUGCAUGGUCUUAUAAUGCACGCGUUCAACUCACAGAAUUCUGACUUGCAUGUGGAUCAUCUUGGCUUGCACAAGGCCUUGUGUGUUCUUAUGGGGUGGAACUAUGCAAACCCUCCUGAAAACUCAAAGGCUUACCAGUCAUUUUCUGCUGAGGCAGCAGCAGCAAACAAGGAUGAUCUGAUUAUGUGGCCUCCUGUGGUGAUCAUACACAAUACGAAUUCUGGAAGGGGAAAAGAUGGCCGCAUGGAGGGUAUGGGAAAUAAAGCAAUGGAAUAUAAACUUAGAGAUCUUGGUUUUGGCGGUGGGAAGGUCAAGUCCUUGUAUGGAAAGGAUGGUCAUCUAGGCAUUAGCUUGGUGAAAUUUGCUGCUGAUAUGUCAGGCCUCAAGGAAGCCAUUCGACUGGCGGAAUUCUUCGAGAGGGAUAACCAUGGUCGUCAAUGCUGGGCUCUUACAGAGUCUUCGCAACCAGGCAAGGAUGAUGAAAAUAAUCCAAAUCUGGUGAAGGUGGAUGAGAGGACAGGGGAAAAGAAAAGAAUCUUUUAUGGGUAUUUAGGAACUGCAUUUGAUCUGGACAGGGUUGACUUUGAGACGAGAAAGAAAGCUGUGAUAGAGAGCAGAAGUGAAUUCAAGCCACCAACUUAAUUUUGAUGUUUAUAGAAGGUACCAUAUUUUUGAAACUGCUGUCUGUGGACGAUAAACCUUCUGUUGUGUGAUAGAGGGCAGAGUUUAUUCAGGCCAGAAAAUUAAUUGUUAUU